AUGUUGUAUGCCAAGCCCCCACCCACAAUUAAGGGUAUAAAAGGGUCAUGGAGGAAAGAGAGACUUCAAACCUCACAAAUCCACUACCAUCAGCUUGUCUGCUCUUCCAUCACUCCUGCCAGCACCAUGCCUUACAACUGCUGCCUGUCCAACCUGAGCUGCCACUCCGGUUGCCCCUCCCGGCCCUGCGUGGCCCCCAGCUGCCAUAACAUCCCCCUGCCCGGGGCCUGCAACAUCCCUGCCAAUGUGGGCAACUGUGGCUGGUUCUGCGAGGGCUCCUUCAAUGGCAGCGAGAAGGAGACCAUGCAGUUCCUGAAUGAACGUCUGGCCAGCUACCUGGAGAAGGUGCGCCAGCUGGAGCGGGACAAUGCGGAGCUGGAGUGCCGUAUCCAGGAGCGGUGCCAGCAGCAGGAGCCCUUGAUGUGCCCCAGCUACCAGUCCUACUUCCGGACCAUCGAGGAGCUCCAGCAGAAGAUUCUCUGUGCCAAGUCUGAGAACGCCAGGCUGGUGGUGAAAAUCGACAAUGCCAAGCUGGCCUCUGAUGACUUCAGGACCAAGUAUGAGAUGGAACGGUCCUCACGGCAGCUGGUGGAGUCAGACAUAAACAGUCUGCGCAGGAUCCUGGACGAGCUGACCCUGUGCAAGGCCGACCUGGAGGCCCAGGUGGAGUCUCUGAGGGAGGAGCUGCUCUGCCUCAAGAAGAACCACGAGGAGGAAGUCAACACCCUGCGUUGCCAGAUUGGGGACCGCCUCAACGUGGAGGUGGAUGCUGCCCCCACAGUGGACCUGAACCGUGUGCUCAAUGAGACCAGGUGUCAGUACGAGGCCCUGGUGGAGACCAACCGCAGGGAUGUGGAGGAAUGGUACAACAACCAGACUCAGGAGCUGAACAAGCAGGUGGUGUCCAGCUCAGAGCAGCUGCAGACCUGCCAGGCAGAGAUCAUCGAGCUGAGACGCACAGUCAACGCCCUGGAGAUCGAGCUGCAGGCCCAGCACAACCUGAGGGACUCUCUGGAGAACACGCUGACAGAGACGGAGGCCCGCUACAGCUCCCAGCUGUCCCAGGUGCAGUGCAUGAUCACCAACGUGGAGUCCCAGCUGGCCGAGAUCAGGGGUGACCUGGAGCGACAGAACCAGGAGUACCAGGUGCUGCUGGAUGUCCGGGCGCGGCUGGAGUGUGAGAUCAACACAUACCGGAACCUUCUGGAGAGUGAGGACUGCAAGCUGCCCUGCAACCCAUGCGCCACCACCAAUGCUUGUGGGAAGUCCUGCGCACCCUGUGGCAGCUGUUAAUUUAAAUACGCGCAUCUUCUUCGAAGCCAACAAUGAAG